CACCAGUCUUAUAAUACAGAAGAAAAACAAGAAAGCUUGGCGAAUACAUCCACCAAGCUCUUCCACUGAAUCAUGGAGUCACCAUCUGAGGAGAAGAGAAGGAACCAUGUCAUCACUAUAGACCCAGAUGAAACUGUCUUGACUGCCUAUCCAUAUAGACCUCAUAGUUCUCUGCUGGAUUUCCUUAAGGGAGAGCCAAAACUUUUAGGGGCCAUCCAGAUUCUUCUUUCUCUAGUCAUCAUAGGCUUUGGAAUUAUAUUAGCACUUAAUUUCAUCUUUUCAUCCAAAAAAAUUCCUCUUGUGAUCCUCACAGGAUAUCCAUUCUGGGGAGCAGUUAUUUUUUUUCUGACAGGACUUGUCACAAUGUUCCAUGAUAAACCAAGGCGAAUUCUGAAGCAAGACAUCACGACCAUGAAUGUCCUCAGCUCACUGACUGCAUUAGCUGGGAUUGCUUUAACCCUCCUCAGCUUCACACAGCAGCACAGAGUCUGCCAGACACCCUCCCUUGAAGGACCGUGUGUUGUGGGCAAAACACUUCUCCUUGGAAUUUUGUCAGUCUUAUUAAUCAUCACCAUAGUAGAGUUCAGCAUCUCUGUGACUAUUGUAUCCUUAAGAAACAGAUGCUGGACCAGUCCAAGAAAGGCUGUGUUCUUCUUUCCUUCAGAAGGUGCUCAAAAUACUGAACAUCCUGCCCCAGAAGAAAACGAUACAUUACAAUUUGAGUUUCAAGAAAAAUCUUCCAAGGAUAAUACAGCUUCAAGCAUAAAAAGUGUUUUCUUAGGUGGUUAUGCUUUCUUCAAGUUAAGAGUCUCAAGAAAUUCUUCAACUCCCAAAACUAUCCAACAGAAAAGUGAUAAAGAUCUUCAAAUACUAAACACUCAAGUUCAAAUCCAGCAAUAUCCAGAAGUAUUUUAUAGAGACAUUCGAACAGAAGUCAUGGAGCUGACUCAAGAAUGGAAGUCUAAUCAGGGCAAGAAACCCACAAGAAGACUUUCCUUAUCCUUGCCAGGCAAACGUGGGCCUUUCCAUCCCAAAAGAUAUUCUGUGGACCUGCAAGUCAAAAGUGAGAAACCAAGGAGAUAUUCUGAGGACUUACAAAGUAAAACUCCAAGACGGAAAUCCAUAGAUCAGCAAAUCAAAGCAUGGAUAUCCCCAAAGAAAACUACCGCAGAAAAACAAGAUGCAUAUACCCAAACCGCAGACCAAUUGCCACAUCAGCAAGCUGAAGAUCAACAAGCUGAAGAUCAGCAAACUGAAGAUCAACAAGCUCAAGAUGACCAAGCUCAAGAUGAAGGUCAGCAGUCUGAUAAAGAGCAACCUCCAGAAGAGCAAGCUCAAGUUCAACCAGUUGAAGAUCAGCAACCCAAAGAGCAGAAAGCCCCAAAGACCCAGCUCCAAAAUUGGCAGGGAGGACAACAAGUACUAGUAAAGAGAGCCCCAAGGCAGUUGUGUGAUAAUUGGGAAACCCAAAGCUUUCAAUACACGGAAAAGUCAUGUUCAUUCUGGUCAACUCCAUCCUGGCAGCCUAUUAGCCAGAGAUCCCAAGACUGGAUAAGUCAAGGUUGGAGAAACAAAGAUUGGAAAGCACAAGAAUGGCAGUUUGAAGUGAAGCCUUCCCUAGACUGGGAAUCCCAAGAGCUAUUAGAGAGAGAAUCCUUAAGGCAACGGGCACUAUACCAACAAAUCCAACCCCAGACCACUAUAGUUCAUCAGACCCCAGAUCAUCAAUUGCCAAACUUUAUAUUUCAAGUAGGUCUGUGUCAAGGUAGUAGGCAACAAGACUCUGAAUCUGGUGUUUUAAUAGAAGAUGUGUAUGAAGAUGAUGUUCAGUCAAGAGAAAGAGAACCAGGAAAUACAGAAGACACAUGUCAGAAACUAACAGACCAGCAGUCAGAAGACAUGAGGCCAGAUAAUUAUCCUGUUUCUUGUCAGAGCCUGGUUCCAUACACAUAUGUAACCUGUUUAUCCAACAUAGCUUCAGAGCAAGAGGUGCAGAACAACACACCUUGCUCAGGCUCAUCCAAAGAUCUAAACGCCACUUCGUCCUCAUCAUAUCAAAGAGAUCAACAGCAAUCUGAAGAUUCAGACUAA